CCAGCGGGACUUGACGAGCUUGAAAGCGUUCCACACAGUUUUCAUAUAUAUUGGGAUUUUAAUUUCUAAUAAAAAAUCUUGAAGACGAGGACUCACGUCGGCCUCUUUGCUUUCUCCGGCAACUCUCCGAUGCUGAUGUUGUUUUAGAAGAGUGACUGGAGAAAUACAAGGGUAAUUGUUGAGAAUGGUGCAAGGUUUGUCACUGAGCACUCUGGCUACGUCGUGUAGCAGCAGUGUUUGUGGAUCAAUGCCUUCAUGGAGGAAGCAUUUUGGAGUAAUGAGGAAAGAGCUGAUAAGUGGUGAAAGGAGUUUUGUGUGGCAUCAGUGUGAUCAUAGUGUAUUCGUGAAAGGUAACCCUGAUAUGUUGAGGCAAAGGAAUGUAAGGGUGGAAGCUGGGUGGCUGUUUAAAGGGGGUGACCGGGGGUCAGAUGCCAUCUCAGAGCGAAGUGAGAGUGCUAAUGAGGAUAUUUUGAUAUUCUUCUUCCAGUUGGACCUGGCAACUCGAGUACAGUAUGCAUUGAAUAUGGAAGAGUAUGACAUUGCACAACAACUGAGAACCAAGCUGGCUGAGGUUGAAGCAGAAGUUGCUAAGCAGCAGGAGGGAAAAAGGGGAUCAUCUUCAAGAAGUGAAGCUCAAGAUAAGGCCAUAAGUAUCAUUCGCUUACGUGCAGACUUGCAAGGUGCAAUUGAAAGUGAGAAUUAUGCAUUGGCAGCCAAGCUACGGGAUGAAAUUUCAAAAUUGGAGGCAGAAUCAUUGGCUGUAUCAGCCAAAGCUUUGGCACAUGAAAAUGCAAACUAUUCAUUUCGUUUGGGACAGAGAGUGAGGCAUCAAAAUUUUGGUUAUCGGGCUGUGGUUUGUGGAAUGGAUCCAGUGUGCUGUGAAUCAAGUUCAUGGAUGGAAACUGCUCAAGUUCAAAAGUUGUCUCGGGGUUCUAAUCAGCCAUUUUAUCAGGUUUUGGUUGAUGUGCAUGCAGACCCCAACCUUCUGGUGGCUUAUGUUGCUGAGGAGAAUCUGUUGGCCCCUGACACACCAGACUUGGAUAGAUUUGAUCAUCCAUAUAUUUCCUUCUUAUUCUAUGGGAUGGACGCAGCUGGUGAUUUCAUCCCUAUCAAGCAACUACGUGAGAAGUUCAACAGGCCGCGACAUGAAAUUCCCCUCGAUGAGGAGCCUGGAGGCGAUGCUUAGACAAAUGGCAGCAUUUUAGUAACAGACCUUGUAUAACAUACUGAUUGUUUUCCGGUUCUACAACAAUACUAAUUAGAAUGUGGAUAAACGAGUAAACAGGUUA